CUUCCUAUUGCUGGUUUGUUAUCAGCCUGGGCAAUCUUAUUAUGAGAUGGCUGACUAUGCUGAAUACUACCCUUCACUGUGUUCCAGUCUUCCAGGUAGUAUCCAGAUCCUCAUUUUCCUGCAUCUGGUUCCUCUUUGCCAUGUGUUGAAAGUUUUCCCUAUCACAGACUAUGGAUUGAGUUACUGGAUAUUGACCUAUUUGACUGUGUUACUGUCUAAAUGUUGCUACUGUCAUCAUGGUACUAUUUAAUGUAAACACCCAGGCUUGAAAAAAAGAAUAGAACCUCUGUCCCAACCUACAUGCUGGCCUCUCAGACCCAUGCCUAAGUGAAUUCUUGCUUGAGGGCUAAGAUACGACACAAUAAAGAUCAGGCAUAUACAGACAUAUUUUUACAAUGAAUGCAGAUUUUUCUAACAUCAACAUUUGUAAAGAUUUCUCUGUUAGACUUUACACCUUUCUCAAAUAUGUAUGUUUAAUUACAGGCAACAGGCAUACUAAAUUAUAAUUGCCUCCCCCCUCCGGUCCAAUUCAAAUGUUAUAUCCUUCAGAUUUUAAAAGAGAAUGGUGGCAAAAGUUACUUUUAAAGAUAUCUGGCCAUUUUGAGAAGUUAUUCCCUAAUAUCUGAGCCCUCUCCCCCUCUGUCAAUCCUAUACCCAGGAAUCUUCCACCAUAGAUGGCAGGUUGUCCACUGCUCCCCAGGAAAAGCCGUUCCAGAUUUUCAGCAACAUCUCUGUUUCCACUAAGUAGAAGCUGCACGUCAUAGCUGAAAUAUAUGGCUGCAUCUGGCCAGCAAGCAAGGCAAGUGUCAGCCAGCUGCACAGACAGGGCCCAGAUCAGCAGUCCAAGUGGAGAGGCCAUAGCCAUGGAAACCAGAGGAAAAUGAGUCUCUUCCUAUCCAGACACUGACAUCAGCCGUUGUUCUACCCUGAUCUCUUCUUCAGCUUCUUACGUCAUAUCCUAUUCUACCUCCAGCAUCACAGUCCUGUUAUUUAUUUAUUCUUUCCUUGGCAGCAUUGCCUUGUGUCAUGGAGAUAUUUGUCUUGCCAACAAUGCCUGACAUAAGAACGUUACCUAGGCUACAGUAUGUAGUCAUGAUGGGGAGCCUGUUGCCAUGGUAAUGAUGGCCCAGUUCCUGCUAGCUUUCCCCCUGUUGCUCUGGUCCCUCCAAGGGGUGGCCAGCUGCCUUCACUGUGACCGUCGCUUCUUGGACUCUGUGGCCACCUUGCUGAAGGAAACUCUGCCAGCAGACCUAUCAGGACGUGACACCUUAAUGGAACGGCACAUUGAGGAGUUGGCUGAUUUGCAUGGGACUUAUCUCCAAAACAACUAUGAACGAGUAUUGGAUGUCCGAGGAGUGGCGUCUAUCAAAUCAGACAUUAUUAAUCAGUUGCGUGAAAUCAAGAAGCAACCAUGGAAAGGGGUCUUCAUAUGGCAGCUCUCCAUGUACCAUCUCAGGGUUUCCCUGCGAAAGCACAUGAAGCAAACUCUUGAGCGAUUUGCUGACCUAGCUUGCUCAGAGGAUUGUACAGUGACUGAAGGCCCCAUUUUAGACUGCUGGACCUGCUUGCGUAUUGCCGCCCAGUGCUUUGAUGGAGAGCUCUGUGGAGUGGAAGAUGAGCGUAUGGCAGAACACAAAGAAAUAAUUCUCUACGUGUUCCUUGUAUGCGAGUCGGUGUUGAUUUCUUCAGCUGUACUUAUAUAUUUGGUGUGUUUCAAACACAAAAAGAAGAUGUUGAAGAAAGCUCUGGCACGCUAG